AUGGCCCUCGCUGAGGGGGAACUGAACGGUUUCCCCGCAAAUCCAUAUGACCCCUUUUGCGCAAUGUCAUGCCUGAGAAGCCUUUCUUCUCUGAUGCUCGAUUGUUCGGGCAUGGAUGGAGGCACCUUGGGCAUGAUGAUGAUGAGCACCACUUCGGCAUGCUGGGCCAGUAAUACGCCGUACCUUACCAGCCUGUCUUGGUGCAUGCACACAAAGUGCGCCGAAUUCAAUAUCCCGAACUCGAAACUUGAAUAUUUCUGGGAAACGGAAGCCACGGGCCAGGUGUCUGCCGGGGUUCAGACCGAGUCAGCAAAGUGGUCGUUCGCAGAGGCACUCGCCAACGUUGAAGGUCCUCCUUCAAUACAACUACAGGCGAAUGACACAUGGCUCAAUGUCACAUCUCUUGUCUCUCCCGAGGUCUACGUGAUGCAGUGGAAUGUCCUCACAAGCGUUCAGCGAGAGACCUCCAUUGAAAAUGCCUACGGUAUCGCGUUGCUAGUGACCGGCUUUGGCUUGCCUAUUUUCUGCACAAUCCUUGGGUCUGUACCACUCCUUUCGGGACUGUCGGCAAAGCUGAAGCCGUAUGUCAUCUGGCCAAGUGUGAUUGGCACAUAUCACAUUCGCCCUCUUCCAUAUCUUUUAGGCAACGCCCCAACCUUGGGCCAAAGUAUAUACAUUUCCCUGUUUGUCGUUUUGAAUAUCAUCCUGACUGCAGUCAACUACCAAUCCAAGCAACCGAACGCCUGGUACUCGACACAAUGGGGGGAGAUCAUGGCUUAUGUUCUAUGGCGCACCGGGGCUUUGGCUUACAUUAUAGCCCCCCUGAUUUUCCUCUUCGCUGGGCGGAACAACAUUUUGCUGUGGUUGACGAACUGGUCUCAUUCGACGUUUCUCGUAUUGCACCGUUGGGUAGCUCGCAUCUUCGCUAUCCAGGCCAUCCUCCAUUCCAUCUUGGCAGUCGUACUACACAAGCACAAUGAGACUUAUGACGUCCAGGUUUCCCAGCCAUACUGGAUAUGGGGCAUUGUAGCCACUUUGUGCACUGUCAUUCUCACCUUCGGAAGCUCUCUUCACAUCCGCAGCUAUAAGUACGAGUUAUUCCUCGUAGUACAUAUUGUACUCUCUGUAGUGCUUGUUGUUGGAUGUUGGUAUCACGCUUAUGAUUUGUACAAAUUCCUUGGUGGCUACUUGGACUGGAUGUAUGCCAUUGCUGCCGUGUGGUUCACUGAUCGACUAGUCAGAGUAGUACGGAUAAUGGGACAUGGGGCGUGUCGUGCAAAGUUAACAAACAUUGGAGACGACUACGUACGGAUCGAUAUACCAGGAAUCUACUUGGGAGCUGAGCCCGGAAAACAUAUUUAUGUCUACUUCCCGACAAUCACUCCCUUGCGCUUCUGGGAGAAUCAUCCGUUCUCAGUAUUGUCUACAGCACUCUUACCUGGGAUUCAGAAUACAUCGACUGGCGGAACAACGGGUGAUGUGUCAGACACUCCAGGAAGUCCAAUGCACGACGUGGAGAAAUCAAACAAGGGCAGUGUCCAAGAGAAGCCGUUACGAAAUCUUCACUCUGCCGCUGGCUUGACGUUAUAUGUUCGGCGGUCAAAAGGUGCUACUAAGUUACUGCAGGCCAACAAUGAUCUGAUGGUACUCCUAGAGGGCCCGUACCCAAAUAAUUCUACCCGACAGUUGCUGCGCUGCGACAGGUUGCUGCUGAUAUCUGGCGGCAUUGGAAUUACUGCAGUGUUACCUUUUGCCAGCCGCCAUUGGAACGUAAAGUUAGCCUGGAGUCUAAAAGAAAGUGCGAGAUGUCUGAAAGAGGACAUGGCUGGGGCGCUCGGUGCAAUUGCCGAUAAUGAUAUUCGGGUAGGUAGCCGCCUAGAUAUCUCACGAUUGCUGGAUUCUGAAAUAGCGGCCGGUUGGACAAGAGUUGGAGUGGUUGUGUCUGGGCCUGCGGGUCUUUGCGAUGAUACCAGGGCAGCUGUCGUCGCUGCUGCGAAGUUGGGAUAUGCAAAGUUUGAGUUUGAGAUUGAGGCGUAUUCGUGGUAA